AUGUUGAAUUCAAGAUUGCGGGAGCCUGCCUACUGCGGACUCACUGAAAAUGCCCCCACGGACGUCCCACGUAGACGUCUAAAGCCCACAACCAUUAAGGAUAGAAUCGCAAGCAUUGUUAGCAUCCAUAUUCCUAGUGGGUCGUCAAACAAUGACCAUUUUUUCCGGUCGAAGAAUUCUCAAUGGAAAGUGGACCUUGUUGAGGACUAUGACUUCACAAACAUGAAUGAUCAUUUUGGCCUCCUCAGCCUGGGAAAGGUGGAAGAACAAAUAGGCGAUAACAAAUCCGAUCUGUGCCAUAUAACAAAGGUGUUUGACAGAAAUACAUUAUUCUCCUCAAUCAACGACAGCCUUCAAGACUCUACUUACAAGCUUGAUACCUCGGACUGUGUGCUUACAUGUAUAGCCUCAGAUAGUAAUUUUAUAUACAUUGCUAUUCAAAAUCUUCCGUUCAUAUUUAAGAUUGACCUAAUUCCACCCAAUUUGAUCUGCGAAUCACCUAAGGAACAGAGGGGAAUGUCUGUGACAAAGUUGCACUUAAGAACUUCCGAAUCGACAGAAUUGAUUCCCUCGUCUAUCUGUCUACGGAGUGUUCAGGGAGAGACGAAGGAAGUCUACGUCAUCGGCUACUCACAGACAGAUAAUGUUUCGUCUCAUCUUCUUGCAUGCUUUUCGACUGACGGCCACUUGGUUGCUCAGACCCGCAAGCAUUCCUACCGACGGUACCUUGCCCUCGACGUUGAUACUGAUGGUUGCCUACUGAUGGCGUGCUCCUCAGACCCAGAAAAUACUUCGGGCGUUCCACUGACUACUCAAAUAUGCAAACUAACUCCUUAUUUUGAGCGCCGGAUUUUCUCGAUAACCAUGCGAAAAGGUGAGACCCACUACUUUCCCGAAUGGAUUACAAAGUCGUGUGCCAGAGGCCAGUGUUGGGCUUCUGUGGGUCGGUGGGACAAUGCUUCACAAACGGUAUCAAGACGAUUAUUUUCCUUUCCUGGGGUUCAGCCUAAAUGUGAAAUUGAUGGUAAUGUGCGAAGUCCCAAGGAAUGGCUUCGGGUGAUCUCCUGGAACUUUGAUUCAUUUCCAGCAGGUCCCAUCUUCGCUUUGGAUUCGGAGCACUUACUCGCCAUUGAUACGGAACGGACUAGCCUUGCACUAAUCGCUUGGCCUAUGGAACAAGAAAGCGCUAAUCUACAGAGACUCACGAAACCUAGUAAUAGAAAAAUUGACCAUUUUUGUGUUUCCACCACCCUAAAUUCCACGGCCUUCUUCUCCUCCGGAGGGGAUAUCUUCAAAUUCACCUUUCCAGAGGUAGCAAAGCCAUUGCAAUAA